UCAAACACACUAAAAAAAUCCAUCAUUUCCCACAAUGACCAUUCCCUUUUACACACCGAAAAUAUAACUCCAUCAAUAACAUCAACUCACACUCCAAUCUAAUGCUCUUUCCAUAUUAAGCACCAAAGGAUCAACAAUAAAUUGCAUUAUAUAUAUAUCACCAAGCAAGACAGAAGCAAAGCAAGCAAAAUAAGGCAAAGCAAAAUGGGGCCACGCUCCGAUCCCUCGAUGGCGGUUGCCAUGGCGGCCAUAGCCUUCACCGUCGUGCUGCGUCCGAGGUCAUUAGUCACGGCUCAUCAAUUGGCGAAUCACGAUCGAAUCACGUCCUUGCCGAACCAGCCUACGACGACAAAUUUCCAGCAGUUCAGCGGCUAUGUUACUGUGGAUGAGAAGGAAGGGAGAGCUCUUUUUUAUUACUUCGUUGAAGCUGAGUCUAUGGCUUCUUCUAAGCCCCUUGUUCUUUGGUUCAAUGGAGAUACAUUGGCUGGAUGUUCAUCACUUGGAGGUGGAGCUUUCUUAGAGCAUGGGCCAUUUAAACUUAAUGGGGAAACUUUAAUUAAAAAUCAUUAUAGUUGGAAUACAGAAGCAAAUAUGUUAUAUGUAGAGUCACCAGCGGGAGUUGGAUUUUCGUACUCUAAGAACAAAUCUUUCUACUCAAACAUAACCGAUGUUAUUUCAGCUCAAGAUAAUUUUAUCUUUCUACAACAUUGGUUCGAGAAGUUUCCUCAAUAUAAGAAAAGAGAUUUCUAUAUCGCAGGAGAGGCAUAUGCAGGAGGACACUAUGUGCCAUUACUAGCACAGCUAAUUGUUAACUCAAAUUUGAAGAUCAAACUCAAGGGGAUAGCUAUUGGAAAUCCUCUUCUCAACAUCCAAGUAGAUGCCAAUGCUCUAGACCAGUACUGGUGGUCUCACGGCCUCAUCUCCGACGACAGCUUCAACCUUCUCACUUCCGUCUGCAAUGCCUCUCGUCUCGUCAUCGAAGGAAUCACCAAUUCCCUCUCUCCCGCCUGCAUCUCCGUCGCCACUAACGUUUCCAAAGAGCUCUCUCCCGCUAUUGACUACUUCGAUGUCUCCGCCGGCGACGCCUGUCCCUCCGCCAAUGCCUCGCAGUUUGGCAAUCUCAAUCGCACCGAUCCUCUCCGUUCCACUUUGCUCCACAACUUCAUCUAUGGCCAAGAUGGACAGGGAGAUCGAGAUCCGUGUGCAGGAGAUACUGUAGCGAAGUACUUGAAUCGACAAGAUGUUCAGAAAGCUCUCCAUGCGAAGUUAAUUGGUUUUUCUAUAUGGAGAAUCUGCAGAUUUAGGAAAGAGUGGAAAUAUGAUUUGAGUAACAGAUUGGUGCCGAUGAUUGAUGUUGUUGGCGCGCUUGUGAAGUCUAAAAUUCGAGUACUCGUCUACAGUGGAGAUCAAGAUUCGGCUUUACCAUUUAGUGGGACACGGACAUUGGUGGGUUCACUCGCUAAGACAUUGGAUUUGUGCCUAACUGUGCGUUACAGACCUUGGUUUUCUGAUAAAAAGGUUGGGGGAUGGACUCAAGAAUAUGGUAAAUUUUUAUCUUAUGCCAUUGUGAGAGGUGCAUCUCAAAAAACAGCACAAACUCAGCCCAAGAGAUCUCUACUACUUUUCAAGUCAUUUUUGGCUGGAAAACCACUGCCAGAAGCCUGAUUAGAAAAGAAAGAAAGGAAAAAAAACAACAACAAAUAUUUGAUGAAAUAAAAUGAAAAUUUCUUUUUCAUGCCUUCUUUUAAUCAGCUUGAACAUUUGAAGCUAAUAAAUGAACAAUUGCUUCAAUGGAAAUCUCACUUUUUGUUA